AUGCAGCCACCCAAAACCAUUCUUGUGACAGGGGCUUCCGGCUUCGUGGCAGCUCACGUUAUUGAAGCCUUCAUUUCCGCCGGUUAUCAUGUCCGAGGAACGGUUCGCUCUGAAGCUACAGCGGAGAAGGUCAAGUGCAUAUUUCCACAAUACAGCGAGCAGCUAAGCUUUGCCAUCGUCCCCGAUAUUGUCAAAGAUGGUGCCUUCGACAAAGCAGUACAAGGUGUCGAUGGAAUCAUGCAUACGGCUUGUCCAGGCGCAAUUGAAACAGAGAAUAACGAGCGGGAUAUUGUACAGCCUGCGAUCAAUGGCACCAUCAACAUCCUCCAGUCCACUCGAAAAUACGCACCUCAGGUCAAACGCAUAGUCAUUACCUCUUCCUUUGCUUCCAUGGUCGACAUGUCCAAAGGUACAUGGCCCGGUCAUGUGUACUCCGAGAAAGACUGGAACCCAAUGACCUACGAAGAGGCUAUAGGCGAAGGCACCACCAAUUUGCAGGCGUACCUUGCCGCGAAAAAGGUGGCAGAGCGUGCUGCGUGGGACUUUGUCAAGGACGAGAAUACGUCCUUUGACCUCGUGACCAUUUUACCACCUUUGAUCUACGGCCCUAAUAUCAACACGACGCAUGUGUCCCAAUUGAAUGUCACCUCGACUGAUCUAUACCGGCUGAUGUCUCCGGAUUCAAAGCAAAGUGACCCCAUACCGGACAAUGGAUUCUGGUCUUGGGUCGACGUGAGAGACGUUGCGCAGGCCCAUUUGAAAGCGUACGAAGUUCCAGAGGCCGGUGGCGAGCGUUUCUUCAUUUGUGCUGGAAAUUUUAGUUAUCAGCAAAUUGCAGACAUUUUGCGGGAGAAGGUCGCUGAGGUGAAGGACCGUGUACCUCUCGGGAAACCCGGAUCGGGCUUUGGAGGUGUUGAGCUAUAUACACCUGACGCGGGGAAAUCCCAGAGAAUACUUGGUCUUCAUUAUCGUGGCCUUGAGGAGAGUGUUGUCGACUCGGCUUAUGCCUUUUUGAAGCUGGAGAAAUAG